AUGUCGGCAGACACCGGCCCCAUAUCCCCCGCCCGCUUCGCCGAAGCAGUGCGUGAGCUCUCCCUCCCGACGCUGCACCUCAAGGCGCUCGAGAUCCGCAACUCGAUCCUGCACCUGCAGUACUCCAACGCCCAGCUGAAGCCCUACGCCGAAGGCGCCGCGACAACGCUCGAUGCCGCCGAUGCCUCUAUUGGCAGACCCGACCCCGACUGCGUCGAGGCCAUCCGCGAGAACGACGUCGUCAUCGCCCGCAUGGAGGAGCGCGUGCAGAUCAUUCGCGAAGAGGUUGAGGGCCGUGGACACUCAUGGAACGAGUUCCGCAGCAAGGAGGAGGUCGAGUCGGAGCAGCACACUGGUGCUGGCACGAAUGGGGUGAAUGGCACGGCGGCUGUGCAGACGACGAAUGGUCUUGGUGCCGCGAGGGCCGAAGAGGAGAGGAUCGCGGGACAGAGCGCAGCGACGAACAACUCCAGCAACGCAACGGCAGCUUCACAACACCCAGCGUGGUUGGAUGGCACAUUCCAGACGGGCACGAUACGCAACGGCGAGAUCCAGCUGGAUGCCACACCGGCUCAACCUACCCCGCAAGCAAACGGCACGGGCGGCCGCCUGUCCGACGAUGAGCUUCGCCGGGCCAUGGAGGACCGGAUGAGAGGUCUCGGCGAUGACAACGAUGAGGACGGCGGAAUGCACUUGUAA